AAAACAACUUAAAAGUCUGGUAGUGUGUGAUCCUCAAUCAUUUAGUUUUUUAAUCUGUAACCAUUUCCAAAGUCGGCAAGUGUAUGAUGCAUAGUGCUUUAAAAUAUGUUCAGAUUUGAAAAAGCCGUGUAGCGUAUUCCAGCCUUUAAUUCCUAGGUUAUUUAGAUCAACCUGAUAUGCGAAUGAAUGAAUUAGAUGGUCGAUUAAUUGGGAAAUAUGAUUCAUUCAUGACAUCUCUGUUUCUCUCAUGAACACUUAAGUCAAAUGAACCACUUUCAUUAUGCUUUAUCAAUUUUGGAACUCGACACUCUUAAUUCUCAUCAACUAUUAUUAUACAGAAAAGUUGAUAUUCUUCACAACUUUUCUUUUGUGCUCCACAGAAAAGAAGUCAUGAAAAAACAUGAGGUCUUCCACUCUUCGGCUGCGCACUUGUUCCCGGGGUUUCCCAGCAGGUUGACCUCACCGCAGAUCUUCAUCCCCGGGCCUCUGCUCAGCUACGAGCUCCUGCGCAGUUACCUGCAGCCCGAGCCCUGCAAACAGGCUCUGCUAUUGGCCGCUCAGUCCACAGGACAACAUGCUGAAAAUAUCGAUGAACCCCGGCCAGUGAAGCAGCGGCGAGCUCGGGCCAACUACAGCAGCUGGCAGCUGGAGGAAUUGGAGAAGGCCUUCGAGAGCACCCACUACCCAGACGUCUUCAUGAGAGAAGCCCUGGCCCUCAGACUGGACCUGAUAGAGGCCAGAGUGCAGGUGUGGUUCCAAAACCGCAGGGCUAAAAUGCGCAGACAGAUGAAGCUCCAGAGUCAGGCAGGAGAGCAGUGCGGCCGGCGCGACAGUGACGACAGACAGGUAGAUUCGUCCAGCAGAAGCACAGCUCCAGAGCUCCACAGCAGCAGCAGCCCUGGCUGGGACAGGAAACACGAGAGAGGAAGCCCCACUUGGUCCAAACCGUACUCAUCAGCUACCCACAGCCCCGUAAGCGACAUGCAUCAACGGCCAAGAGAUCAGGAGGGGUCAGAGGAGCCCAGUCCAGAGGACUUCCGCUGCUGUAGCAUUGCCAAACUAAGGGCGAAGGCCAGGGACUAUGAGGCAGAGAUCCACAGCACUGUGGCCAAGGCCAGCAGAGAGAGGCAGAUGAAGACACAGUGGACAUUUACAAAGGUAGUUUUCUCAAGUGUUAUUGGACUGACAGCUAGUGAACAAGAGGAGCUAAAAGAGGAAGCUCAUGGUGAUCUCAUCGAUGGCCAGCUCCUCUAUCAGCUAUCCUGUUACCCUGCGUGAAAACACAGGAUGUCUGCAAGCUGCCACAAGCCCUCCAUAAACACAAUAGGGACGGCUGAAAAAUGACUGCCUUUUCUGACAAAUGUGCUUUUUAUAGAUUGCAAUAAACUUUACAUAUAUCAUUUUUACCACGAUAGAUGCUAUUUGUGCUGAACAUUUGUUCAUAUGCUGUAAUUAUUGCAUGCUUUUGGAAAUCACUUUUUAAUUUCAUGUUUCAUGCUUAACAUUUACAUGUUUUUCAAGAACAUUUUCUACCUAAAGGGAUCAUUCAACCAUAAAAUUGAAUAUUCUGUCAUCCU